GAAGGUGAUGGAAGCGGGGUGGGGUUCAGAGAGAAACAUCAGCCAGAGGGCUUGAGGUGACCGGAAACGGGGGCAGGAGAGUCUCGGAACAAGAAGCAAGUCUAGUGGCAUUUGCAGGCGCGAUGGGUCCUUUGCUCUGAGGGUUUGUCUAUUGGGUUAUCUGCUAUAAUUUGCCUGUGCUUGGUGCGAGAGGGUUAAAUAGAAGGACACUGAGGUUUCACAUGUGAGAACUCCAGCAGACUAGCUGGGAAACCAUAGCAGGAAAUGCCUCCUCCCCUGGACAUCAUCAAGGUCGCCAUUGAGUGGCCGGGAGCUAAUGCCCAGCUGAUAGAGAUUGACCAGAAACGGCCCUUGGCGUCGAUAAUCAAGGAAGUCUGCGAUGGGUUCUCCCUGCCCAACCCUGAGUACUAUGCUUUUCGAUACGCAGAUGGCACCCAGCUGUACAUUACAGAACAGACUCGCGGUGACAUGAAGAAUGGAACAAUCCUCCGCCUGGCAGUGUCCCCAUCCAGAGCAGCUCGGCAGAUUCUGGAGAGGAUUCAGGGUCACAGUACAGAUGGGCGGCUAGAAGCCAUGAAAGAACUAGCCAAGCUUUCUGCAGACACUACCUUUGCCACUGAAUUCAUCAACAUGGAGGGAGUGACAGUCCUUACUCGUUUGGUGGAAGGUGGCACCAAGCUGCUGUCACAUUACAGUGAGAUGUUGGCCUUCACACUUACUGCUUUCCUGGAGCUGAUGGAUCAUGGAAUCGUAUCGUGGGAUAUAGUCUCUCUGACAUUUAUAAAGCAGAUUGCAGGGUUUGUCUCGCAGCCGUCGGUAGAUGUCUCAAUCUUGCAGCGCUCUCUUGCAAUACUGGAGAGUAUGGUGCUAAACAGCCAGGCCCUAUACCACAAAAUAGCAGACGAGAUCACCGUGGGCCAGUUAAUAUGUCACCUGCAGGUCUCUAAUCAGGAGAUCCAGACUUAUGCUAUUGCUCUGAUCAAUGCUCUGUUUCUCAAGGCACCAGAAGACAAGAGACAGGAGAAGCCGCCGAAUCUGAUGGACGUUCCUGUUAGUGAAAUGGCAAAUGCAUUUGUGCAGAAACACCUGCGAUCAAUAAUCCUCAAUCAUGUUAUAAGGGGGAAUCGACCAAUCAAAACAGAGAUGGCCCAUCAGCUUUACGUGCUGCAGGUGCUGACUUUUAACCUUCUGGAGGAAAGAAUGAUGACCAAAAUGGAUUCGAAUGACCAGGCACAGAGGGACUGUAUCUUUGAGCUGAGGAGAAUUGCAUUUGAUGCCGAAUCCGACGCCAGUGGAGUAUCAGGGGGAGGGACUGAGAAACGUAAAGCUAUGUACAGCAAGGACUACAAGAUGCUGGGCUUCAGUAAUCAUGUGAACCCUGCAAUGGAUUUCCUUCAGACUCCACCAGGGAUGCUGGCUUUGGACAACAUGUUGUACUUGGCGAAACACCACCAGGAUACCUACGUACGGAUUGUUUUGGAGAACAGCAGCAGGGAAGAUAAACAUGAAUGUCCAUUUGGCCGCAGUGCCAUUGAACUGACCAAGAUGCUGUGCGAUAUCUUGCAGGUUGGCGAAUUACCUAAUGAAGGCCGGAAUGAUUAUCACCCUAUGUUCUUCACACAUGAGCGCUCCUUUGAGGAGUUCUUCUGUAUUUGCAUCCAGCUGCUCAACAAGACCUGGAAAGAAAUGAGAGCCACGGCAGAGGACUUUAACAAGGUUAUGCAGGUGGUGCGGGAACAGAUCACUCGUGCUUUAGCCUCCAAACCCAACUCCCUGGAGCAGCUGAAGAAUAAACUCCGCAGCCUGAGCUACACAGAGAUUUUACGGCUACGACAAUCGGAACGGCUGAGUCAAGAUGACUUCCAGUCCAAACCUAUUGUUGAGCUGCGGGAAAAGAUCCAGCCCGAGAUUCUUGAGUUGAUUAAACAGCAGCGUUUGAAUCGGUUGUGCGAGGGAAGCAGUUUCCGCAAGACUGGAAACCGCAGGAGGCAAGAGCGCUUUUGGUUCUGUCGCCUGGCACUAAAUCACAAAGUACUUCAUUACGGAGACCUUGAGGAUAACGUACAGGGGGAGGUGCCAUAUGAAUCCUUACAGGAGAAGAUUCCAGUUUCUGAUAUUAAAGCUGUGGUGACUGGGAAAGAUUGCCCUCAUAUGAAGGAGAAGAGUGCUCUGAAACAGAACAAGGAGGUGUUGGAAUUAGCAUUUUCUAUUCUGUAUGAUCCAGACGAGACUCUGAACUUUAUUGCACCAAAUAAAUACGAGUACUGUAUCUGGAUAGACGGUGUCAAUGCUCUGCUUGGGAGAGAAAUGAGCAGUGAGUUGGCUCGCAGUGAUAUGGACACAUUACUCAGCAUGGAAAUGAAACUGCGCUUGCUGGACCUGGAGAACAUCCAGAUCCCUGAAGUUCCUCCUCCUAUCCCCAAAGAACCCAGCAGCUAUGACUUUGUCUACCACUACGGCUGAUCUAGAACAGCAGCACAAGGAAAUCCAUGCCCACUAAUUGGGAAUAGAUUCUCCCAUUAACCGUCGUUUUUAAUGAACCAUGGGGGCUGACCCUGAGGCAGAUUGUGUUACCCAGAUCUGUGCCCCUAAUGCCCACUGUCAUACCCUAUGAAGAACUCUAGCUGGAUAGGCCCCUACAGUAACUCAUUGUAUGUGUGAUGCUACGUGCGUUACAGGUCUGUAACCAGUUUGACAUUCCGUCCAGGUACUGAUGGGGUGGUGGCAUGCUGAACUUGCUGGCUUUGGUGUUGUACAACCCAGUCAAUUCUUUUAUGCCUUAAUCCGUAGAUUGCAAUCAGAGUAGAACUUCUGGUCCCUUUGGAACACAGGGCACACCUCUGCCGGUCAAAGUGUAGUGCGCUGGUCUCCAAAUCACAGCACAAUUGCUCCCCUGUUUCUCCUAUUUUUGAAAGCAGCAAAGUAUGUAAAACCCUUUAACUUCCCUUGUAAAAAGGGGGAACCAGGGGCAUAUAAUAUUUUAAAGAAUGUUUUCUUUACUUGGUACGAAUAAAAUGUCCUGCAGCCUCAAUCAUAGCCUUGGGCAGGGGCACUUAAAUGUGGAGCAGAUAUGCAGGUACAAGGAACUGCCAUUGAAAAUAAGCUGUAAUAUUACUAAUAAAUAAUACACUCCAAGGAUA